AUGUCCGGCUCCCCGGCGGCGGCCAGCGGGCGGGAGGAGCCCGGCGGGGCGCAGCGGGGCAGCCCGGUGCCGCCGCCCCCGUACGGCGCGGGGGGCCCGGAGCUGGCGCUGGGGCCGGAGCCGGAGCUGGAGCUGCGCGGGGCGCUGGACUGUCUGGCCUGCGCCGUCCUGCUGAGCGCGCACAACCUGCUGGCGGCGGCGCUUUGCGCGCUGCUCUGCGCCCUGGUCUGCGCGGCCGCGCUGCUGCCCGCGGGCACCGCGCUGGGGCUGGGCUUCCUCUGCCACUCCAAGUUCCUGCACGCCCGGGUGGCCCCGUGCGAGGCCCAUCUUCACGACGCCGGUGCCACGGCCCUGCUGGUGCUCGGCUUCACCCUGCUGCUGCCGCUCCUGGUGCUCGGCCUGGCGGCCUUCGUGCGGCUGGCCCGGCGCCUCCAGCUCGGCUACUGCCUGCUGCCCUACAGCCUGGCCGUCUACCGGCACCUGCCCGCCGGCCGCUACCACCAGGCCGCCUGGUGCUGCCCCCGCGCCCGCCCGCCCCCCGCCGGGGACAAGGUCUGGGUGUGAGGGGGGGGCCCCCCCCCUUGGCGGCGACACCCCGAAGAGGCCGGGGGGCGGCAGGGGGAACGGCUCUUCGUGCGGGGGGAGCGACGCCGCCGGCUGCUUCGGGGGC